GGCUUGGCCGCACGGUGUACUUGUUAAGGGAAGUAGAAGCACUAUCUACUUUGUAGGGGUACCAAUAGACGGUACUAUAAUUAAAGGACUCUCUUUGUCGAGACUGAAUACACAUUGCUAACGGUGUAUACUAUAUAUCAUUACAUAAUGCUGGGUACCAAAUUCGUCUCCAGUCUUGCACGUUUAAAACGCUUCCCAUGUGUUGCGCGAACGAUACACACACAGGCGAAGGACGUAUAUAAACCACUACAGUUAUCUCUGUGGAGAUUCCCUCAAGUCGGCCGCAUAUUCACACAUCAACAACAGGUACGCCUACUCCACAAUAGAACUUAUUCUUCCAUGCAAUCAAACGCGUUGGCGCGUAAUUCUACCAAUCCUACCAAGCAGGCAAGUAUAAUGUCAAAUACGAGUAUUGUAAGCACAAGCCAGCGCAUGCUGUUCAGAACUGCCCGCGUACUCAACGAGGGUGAUAGGAAAACGCCAGAGAAGAAAGAAGAAGAGACAACUACACCCCUAACGGAAGAAGAGGAGCGUGCAGCCAUGAAGAAGGAGUUGAACAGACAGGAAACCAUACACAAUAUGAUAGCACCUGAGCGUAAUUGGGGAUUGACACAUCCCAUGACGUUUGUGAUGCUUGUUUUGAUCUGUGUGCUGCAGUAUUUGAAUUCGCAGAAGUCCAAGCGUAAGGAGGAGGCUGAGCUGGAGGAAGCACGCAGAAUGGCGAAGCUGAGAGGUGGGAAGCCGUACGUUAAGCCAGAGCUCCAGGAUGGGUGGGAGUAGGUAGGCACACACACUCACACACACACACACACACAUAUAUAUAUAUAUAUAUAUAUAUAU